UGUGUACAACUACCUUGGCUUCAUGAAGGCUUUCGAGCUGCUGCCAUUGGUGUCGAAACAGUUCCAAGCGCUGUACAGUGAACUCAAGCACGCAGUGUAUGGAGUGAAGAAAGAUCUACCUCGCUGGAUGACGUGCGUAGCUCAUCUCCAGGAGAUCAUGAAGAACACCAUCGGCCGCCUCUAUACGGAGAAGCGGCUCACGAAGGAAGCCAAGCAGGAGGGACAAGUGCUUGUUCAGGAGAUUGGAAAGUCGUUAAACACCCGCCUGCGCCACAUUGUUUGGAUGGACUUCGAAACACGUGAUAAAGCACGACAAAAGCUUUGGGAGAUGAAAAAAAGGGUUGCCUAUCCGGAGAUGUUUCUCAGCGACGAAUACAUCGACAAGGAAUUCAGCACCGUAAGUUUUGACGACUAA